UGCCCAAUAGCAUGAUAAUGUCGAAAUAAAAUCGGAGUGAAAAACUUUCCUACAUUUUAAAGUCCGUUUCUUUAGUUAGGAUAUCAAAAUUUUCUUAGUAAAAUAAGUUCAUUCAGUAUUAAGCAAAAUGACUCUGUAUCACUUUGGUAAUUGUUUAGCACUAGUUUAUGUUCCUUAUUACUUAACCUAUAAGUAUUCAGGCCUUUCUGAAUAUGGAGCAUUUUGGAAAUGUAUCCAAGCAGGUGGCAUUUAUGUAUUUACACAGCUUGUAAAAAUGUUAGCCCUCGCUACUUUCUUUCCUACAGCAGACAGCAUAGGAUACAAGGGUUUUGACUUUCUUGGAGAGUUUUUCAAGUGUUCCAUUGACUUGGCAGAUUUAGCUGGAAUAUACUUGGUGUUGAAUGGUAUACCAGGUAAAGGUCAUGCUAAAGUGUUGACAGCAGGAAUCGGAUGGGCUGGAGCCGAGGUUGUUCUAACAAGGUUUCUAUUACUGUGGGUUGGUGCAAGAGGAGCUGAAUUUGACUGGAAAUACAUGCAGAGAAGUUUAGAAUCUAAUAUUUCUUUAGUCCAACACAUCACUACUGCAACUCUAGUCUGGCUAUGGUCGAGGCAUGAUUUGAAACGUAGUUUAGUACCAGUUGUUGUUUUUAUGUUAGUAGUUACAGUGUUUAAGCCAUUGAUUGCUGACUUUUUAAUAGCUUCAUUUUUGAUUGGCCCUUGGUCAAUGUUAUUUAUCAAAGCAGCAAGUGCGAUUGUUAUGGGCGCAGUAACUCUGCACAUUUAUACUGCUCUAGCUUAUUCCAUUGGUAUUUUUUAGAAAAAA